AUGCAAGCAAUGGGGUUAUCAGUAGCAGUUUCAGUUCCAUUUUACCAUUCCAGAUUAUGCAUCAAUGCCUCUCCUCAUCCACCCAUUCCCCUCAAUUUGAAUCAUGGCUUUUCCAAAUCACUUACAUUCAGGGACAGACUAACUCGUGGGAAGAGUAGCUAUGUCAUUCGUUCCCAAAAGAAUCGUGACGAUGAUGGUGAUGUCGAUGGAUUUUACAUGAGGAAAAGCGUUGAGCUCGCCAGAAAGGCUUUGGGGUGUACAAGCCCCAAUCCUUUAGUUGGAUGUGUUAUUGUCAAAGAUGGUCAAAUUGUUGGCCAAGGUUUUCAUCCUAAACCUGGUCAACCUCAUGCUGAGGUGUUUGCUCUGAGAGAUGCUGCUGAUUUGGAUGAGAAUGCAACGGCGUAUGUCACUUUAGAACCUUGUAAUCAUUUUGGGAGGACUCCGCCUUGCACUGAAGUUCUCAUUAAAGCUAGACUUAAAAAGGUUGUUGUUGGGAUGGUGGAUCCAAAUCCUAUCGUGGCUUCCAAAGGGUUAGAUAGAUUGAGAGGUGCUGGAAUUGAAGUUGUUGUUGGUGUUGAGGAAGAAUUGUGUAAGGGCCUCAAUGAGGGUUAUAUGCUUGCUUGUGAUCACCCACUUCUUGUUAAAGAAUACAAUUCUGAUCCUGUUGGAAAAGAUUCUGUUGAAAUGGCAAAAAGGCUUCCAAAAGAGAUGCUGAUAAAUCUGUUUAAUAGUUUGGAAACAACUGCCGCUAUAUGUUUUGUCUGCAAUAGGCCAGAGAAUAAGCUUGGAGAUGAUGAAACGUGGGAUAGGGCUGAAAGUGCUCUCAAGGAGGCUUUGGAUGAGUGUGGCAAAGGGAAUGUGUUUGUUAAGAACUUAGCGAAAUCGAUAGAUAAUGUGGGACUGCAUGAUUUAUUUCAAGAAUAUGGGAAUAUUUUGUCUAGCAAAAUUGUCAUCUCUGAAGAUGGGAAGAGCAAAGGGUUUGGUUAUAUACAGUUUGGUUCAGAGGAGUCUGCAAAUGAUGCUAUCCAGAAAAUGAAUGGCUCUACUGUGAGAGAUAAGCAGAUAUAUGUUGGGAAAUUUAUCAGAAAAAGUGAGCGCUCUUUGCCUGAACCUGAUGCCAAAUAUACAAACUUGUACGUUAAGAAUUUGGACCCAGAUAUUACCGAAGCACUUCUUAAAGAAAAGUUCUCAUCUUUUGGAAAAAUUCUUAGCUUGGCUAUUGUAAAGGAUGAGAAGGGGUUGUCAAAAGGUUUUGGAUUUAUGAACUAUGAAAACCCGGAUGAUGCAAGACGAGCAACAGAAGCAAUGAAUGGAUCACAAUUUGGUUCAAAGAACCUGUAUGUUGCAAGAGCACAAAAAAAGGUUGAACGUGAGAAGAUCUUGCAUCAGUGGUUUGCAGAAAGAUGCAUGGAGAAAAACUUGAAAUACAAGGGAUCAAACAUUUAUGUGAAGAACAUUGAUGAUAGUGUUAGUGACGAAGAACUAAAGAGUCAGUUUGUGCAAAUCAACAAAGAGAAUCGCAAGCAGCUUCCUUAUCAAAUUACAGGCAUGGUUAAACCAUCCAAGCUUUUAACAUGCUUCCAGUGGGGUGCCUUGAUGGUGGCAGGUCUGUGCAGAGGAAAGAUGUUAGGCAAAGCCUAUUGCAGCUCCAGCAUUCACACUGGUGUUAUUUAUCAUCACCCUAAGGGUUCUACAACAUUUUAUCAUCAUUCAUCGGGUUCUAUUGGAUUGGAAUCACCCGCUGAUGGUAGACGUUCAUCUGAGUCUAGCUACCGUAUUGGAGAUAAUGGAACUUCAGGGGGGACAAAUUAG